AUGCAAGUGCUGACGCGGCCUACCUGGGCCAUCGCCUUCAGCAUCUUCUCCAUCUCUUUCACGCAAGUUGCUCACGCUGCAUCAUCAUCAAGUCCACAUACCCCGAAGACUACGGAGAUACCAUGCACUGUCCAGUCGUCAACCACGGGCGCGUACUUUGACCUUAACCCAAUCGCCAUUGCGCCUCCGGAAUUGAAGGAUGGUAGAAAAAUACACAAGAGUGAUCGGGACGAGAGCUGGCAAGCCCAGGGCCAUGAUUACGGCGCAAACUUUACAUUGAACAUAUGCAAACCAGUUAUUGAGAACAUUCAGGAUGUGGUUGGGGUUGACGAUUCACGAUGGCAGAAUGUCAGCGCUUACUAUCAAUACAAUGACAAAAUAUAUUCAAUCGGCGAACAGGCUUCUGAACCUGUUUUCCGUGGUCGACGAUUGGUCCUGAAUUAUACGAAUGGCUCGCCUUGCCCCAGCUCCCCAGUUUCACAACUCGACUUGGGUGUCUUCGAGGAUGAUGGCUUGGAAGAAAACAGUUAUAGCCCAGACAAGGAUGCCUAUUUCUCAAGAGAUACUGAGACAACAAGGAAAAAGUCGACUAUCAUAUCUUUCCUAUGCGACCGCGAGGCUCCUAGUGCACAGGCCAUAGUUUCAUUUGUUGGUAGCAUGGAUUCUUGCACAUAUUUCUUUGAGGCCAGAAGCGCCGCCGCUUGCGGAGGAGUCGCUAUGGCACCAGAAGGUGGUCUAGGACCAGGUGGCGUCUUUGGCGUGAUUGCUUUGAUCGCUGUUAUAGUUUAUAUCGUUGGAGGCUGCGCCUACCAACGCACCGUCUUGCACCAGCGUGGCUGGAGGCAAUUUCCCAAUUACAGCAUGUGGUCUGAAUUGCUAGGAUUCUUUGGCGACUUUUUCGUCAUUAUAUUCUCCUCCUUGACUCGUUGCUUCACCAGGAAGGACACCUCAACUAGCUACUCCCGACUCGAUGGAUCCAGCCAACGCAAUGGCCUAAUCGGCGCAAUUGGUGGCCGUGGUGCGGGCAAUCGGGCCAGCAGAGAUGUUGAUGCUGAGAACCGAUUGAUAGAUCAGUUGGAUGAGGAGUGGAACGAUUAA